CAAUUGCACUCCUGCGCAAAUAUUUUUACAAAAUGGGCCAAAUUUUGGGACCUAAUAUCUCCAAAACGAAUAGCAAUUUUUGAAAAAAAAAUUUACCAGUGGUCUAUUUUCAUUGUUUUUUACAAAAUAUCUGAAAAUGAAGACAAUUUGAAGACAUCACUUCCAGACUUUGCCUAUAUUUCUCAGACAAUGGCUCUUAAACACAAAAUAUUUAUUAAAUAACUGUGUACAUGUACAAUGGCAAUUUACGGAGCCUAGUUGAUCUAGCUUUAACAGCCGAUUUAUGUUAAAAAUAAGUCCAACUUUGAUUUAAAUUGUUUAAGUGUUUUAGAAUCUACAAUGUUUUGAUCAAAGUUAUUCCAGUUGUUAAUAACACGGUUCGUUUAGAAAUAGUACCUCUUUGGAUUUUUAGUUAAUUGUCUAUAAAACCUCAUAUUGUGACCUUUCGUAUUUGAAAGCUAUUAAAUCUAAAAUAGAUUGGUUUUCUGUAGUGGAACUUAAAGAUACAUUGUUUUUAGAGAAUAUUUAUUUUAAAGAGUAUAUCUAGAAGAUUUUUUUAAUUAUUAUUUUAUAUUCAAAGUGUAGUACAUACUCAAACAAUCUAAUCCAAACAUUGUAAAAUAGAUAUUAUCAUAGCAAGAGAUUUUAAUCAAACAUUCAGAUUUUUACUAGAUUAUUUAUUUCACUUGGUUUUGAAAAACAAACGUUGCACGAUAAAUUAUAAAAGAAUUUUUGUUGUUAUUAAUUAAGCAUGAAAAGAUUAGAAGUUAUAAACAUAAUUGAAGAAGUUGGUACAAAUAAUGCGAACUUGCAAGCCAUUUUAAAAACUGAGAUGGAAAAAAAGCUCACCAAUAACAAACUUUCUGAUGACAUCAAUGACGUAGAACUCUCCGAAAAAAUUAGACUUUUUAUUCAAAAAUUUAGAAUUAAGUAUGCAAAACAUAGUCGUAAUUUUGAAGGACUAAUUAAACAAGAAGAACACUGGUUAGAGUGUGAUAAUAAAGAUACUAAUCCUGAAUCAACUUUAAAAGGAGGAAGACCAGAAAAAAAAUGGGCAGAGUAUUCAUUAAGAACAAAAAGAAGGAAAGUUUCAAGUUUAGCUAAAAUCCAUACAACUGAAGAAUUAUCAGAAGCUGUUAUUUUGCAUGCGAAAUCUAGUCCUGGAAAAUCUUAUUUGGGAAAGAAAAUUAAACUACUUUCUGAAAAUAAAAAUGAAACAAACCAAAGUGAUAAACAUCAACCUAUUAUGAUGUCUGCAGAUCAAGCUUUAUCGCUCAAAAUUCAUUGUGAUUUGAGUGAUUUGCAAUGUCAGAUGAUUAGAAACUCAUCUCUAGUGCAAAAUGCCAACAUUUAUCCUCCAUUAAAAACAAUCCUUGAAUCUAAAGCAGAUUGUUAUCCAAAGGAUUUGCUUAUUACAGAAACGUCUGCAAAUUGUAAUUUACAGAACAUGGUUAACCAUACUUUGUCUCGAAUUUUAAAACUAAAUUUUGAGCUGCUUCAGAAUUUAGAUAAAACUGUAACCCAUGGGGUAUUUUGAAAUAUGGUAUGGACGGUUCAUCUUUGCAAAGUAUUUAUAAUCAAAGAUUUGACUAUACUGAUAUUUCUACUGGAGUGCAGAAUGAACAGUCUGUAUUUCAAACUGCAAUAGCUCCUUUGAAAUUAAGAGUUGGGGAUUCAAACAUCUGGAAUAAUCAAAAGCCAUCCAGUCCUCAUUUUUGUAGACCUCUUCAAUUAAAAUACCAAAAAGAAACAAGUGAACUUAUUGCACAAGAAGAAAUUAAGCUUAGAAAACAAAUUGAAAAUCCGUAAGACUAUAUUUUAAAUUUAGAUCUAUGUAAUAAAAAGCACUGUUUGAUAAAAAUAAAAAUUACUGUUGACUUAACUAUGCUUGAUGUCUGUAAAUGCUAUCAUGCUUUUGAAUUCAUCGCAAUCGUGCAAUCUUUGUUUUGCGAAACCAAGUGAAAUGAACAAUUUAGUAAAAAUCAGGAUGUUUAUUCCUGAUGAAAAAUGUCUUACUAUAGACUUUUUCAGUAUGUGUUACACUUAGGCUAUAAAAUGAAAAUUAAAAAAUAUCAAGCAAGAUCAAAAGAACAUAAGCUUUCUGUUAUUGAGCAAAAAAUUAAAAUUCAGAACUAUUUUAGAAGUGAGCUUAGUCUUGUUGUUGAUAUUGCAAAGCAUGGCUAUGGUUCCUCAAACACAGGAAAUACAGCACGAAGAGCAUUUGAGAAUGCAGAUACUUUUGCAGACACUAUGGGAGUUAAUGUUGAAAUUAUUCUUAGAUUGAGAAAUAUAAUGAAAGUUGUUUGCAGUGGGUACCACCUUGAUUUGGAGGCCUUUAAAAAAUAUUGUUUAGAUACUUCUGAAAUAAUUGUUGAAAAGUAUAACUGGUACAUAAUGUCACCUACUGUACACAAGCUACUGAAGCAUGGUUUUCAAAUUUCUGAAUCUUUUGAACUCCCAGUAGGUAUAUAUUCAGAAGAGGCUCAGGAAGCACCAGACCAUAGACCAUACUUGUAAAAUUUCGAGAAAAAAUGCAAUGGAAAACCAAUAUCAUUAUCUUCUAUUACAUAGCGAUUCAAUAGUUUCAUCUUUCAGAUUCAAAAUGACGAAAUCUAUUGGUACUGUUAACUUAGAUUCUGAAGUCUUAAAGCUUUUGCUUGUUGAACAAUAAAUAUUCUUUAAAUGAUUUUUUUAAGCUAUUUUAGUAGUAAUUCU